AUGCCCAAAGACGUGCAUCUCGUACUCCUCGUCCAUGGCCUGUGGGGCUCACCGGCGCACAUGGCUGUAGCAGCCCACGAGCUCGAAGCGGCGUACCGUGCCACCCAGCCUUCUGUUUCUUCAGUCAGGUCCAAGUCUUUCUCGGCUUCUGGUCCAGAGGAGGACCCGGUUGUCACCGAGAAGAUUGAAGGAGGGCAGCAAAACGAAGACUUGGUUAUCAUGAUAGCAGGAGGCAUGUCGGCGCAGCUGACUUAUGACGGUGUGGACGUAUGUGCCAGUCGUGUCGCUUGGGAGGUUGAUCAGAAGAUACAGGAGCUCGAAGACGAAGGGUGCAACGUGACCAAAUUCAGUGUCACAGGGUACUCGCUCGGUGGACGCGCGUGCACCGCAGUGGUCUCUAGGUACCUCAUUGGUCUUCUUCACUCUCGUUCCCCAUCAUUCUUUGAACGACACCGGCCGGUCUCUUUCGCGACUCUAUCCACGCCCCACUAUGGUGUACCCCGCUACAACACAUUCCUUUCGACAACAUUAUGCUGGCUCGGCGCCCGGAUCCUCUCUCGCUCUGGUGAACAACUCUACGUCACUGACCGUUACUCGGAUGAAGACCCUCGGCCAUUGUUGGAAAUCAUGGCAGACCCUCGCUCGGUCUUCUAUACCGGCUUGGAACAAUUCGAGAGGCGGGCGAUCUUUGCAGCCGCCAUCAACGACAACUCUGUCCCCUACCCCUCUGCCUCAAUCUCCCCUGUGGACCAUUUCUCCCAAUGGGCCCAAACAGGUAUACAAGUCGACGCCAACGAAGCUGGCUUCAUUAGACGGUGGUGGGUUGAAAAGGAGGAGGCAAAAGGCGAUCAGGUAGUCAGAAUGGCAGGAAAGAAGUCGAAGGGGCGAAGCUUGAGUGAUAGAAUUGGUGUGUUGCCACCUGUCUUGAGGUACCGGUUCCCAUUCAAUUAUAUCAUACUGCUCCUUUUCCCGAUCAUGCUUCCUAUCAUCAUCCUCCUGAUACUUGCGCGCCAAUCGCUGGACACUUCCCGAUCUCGGAACCGCCUUCAACGUUUGGCCCGCGCCUCCUCAACUGCCACUCCGUCUGCUAUCCCCUCAUCCCACGGUCUCUCCAUUCAACACCUCCGUGAACUCAUCCGCCGCGUUGAGCACUCACUCGAAGCUGAUAUCAUACAAUCAUCCUCCGGCCCCUCCCUUUCUCCAUCCGAAGUGAAGGAGAUGGAGGCAGAAUUACGAAAAGUGAGAGAGGAGGGUGACGAAGGUGAGGCGAGUGUGCAAGUGAUUUUGAAGGAGAGUCAGGCGAGGAUGUGUGUUUGGUUGAAUGGACUGGGAUUUGACAAGUAUCUGGUGUGGUGGCCGGAGAUUUCGAAUGCACAUGCGACAGCUGUCGUCAGGGAUCUCGACAUUCAGCCCGCCCAUGAGCGUGGGCGUGGCAUGCUCAAAUUCUGGGCACAAGUCGUCCUUGGUCAAGCCACAGAGAUCGUAUAG